UCUUUAGUUCACUUAAUUUAAGGAAUCUACAUUGCACUACUUUGAAACGCAUAUAUUGGUUGGUUUUGCUACCAGAUUUGGAGAGUUCACUUAUAUUUUUUGGAUUAUACUUGUGGUACCAUCAAAUAAAUAAUAACAGGUGGUUUCAGGACGUACAUUUACUUUCGGAUUUCAUCUGUGGAAGUAUUCGGUAUCACAAAAAUUGGAAGUAUGAAGUUUGUGGAAUUAUUAAUUUUCUGUAUCUGUCUAAUAGGCAUUAGUCAUGCCCAAAUGGAUUUAUAUUUCGAACCUGAAGAAUCAUCUGGAGAUGGAGCGACACAUACCGUAAAUCCAGACUUGCCUAUUGACGAUGAAGACACAGAUGAUGAUGAAGGCUCAGGCUUUAUACCAAUUGAUGACGAUCAAGCGACAACCACUACAUUUAUUGAAACACAUCCAACCACUAUGUCUUCUACUGUAAUAACCGAGACGAUCGCACCUGUAUUUGCUGAAGAAGGAGAAAUACAUUCUAUGACAAGCACGGAAAUUCCGAAGUUGCAUGAAGUAUCCAGCAUUUUGACAGAUUCAGGUGCACCCAUUCCAACAAGUGAAAAUGACGAUGAUGCUGACAUUGAAGAAAUAGAUGUUGGUGAAGAACCUGAAGUAAAUGGAGAGAAAGCUAAAACACCUAUCAAGGUUCAUGAACUGCCAAAAGACCUGAACAAAGGAACAAAAGGAGUCGGAACGAAAGGAGUCUUAGCCGAGGAGGAUGAACCAGAGCAGAAGAAUGUAAAAACAACUGAGUUAGAGGAUGAAGAAAUGGAACCAGUUGGUGCCUCACCAACCAAAGAUCCAUCAUUUUUGGGUGCAAUUAUUGCUGGGGCCUGUAUAGGCCUUCUAUUCGCAAUAUGCGUCAUUAUGCUUCUUGUGUAUCGCAUGCGAAAAAAAGAUGAGGGCAGUUAUGCUUUGGAAUAUGGUGUGGACGGAAAGAAGCCACAGGGAAAUUAUGAAUACACUAAAGGUGUGGCUGGUGGUAAAGAAUAUUUUGCAUAAUGUGGAACCUGAAAGUCUUACGGAUGUUAAAAGCGAUAAAUGGUCUGAAAGUGUCAAAUAACAGUGGUAUACUGAAAAACAUUCAAGAGACUUGCUGUAUUUGAUUUUGACUCAACGAUUCUGCCCUCAAGUUUUUUUUUAUUUCCGAUCUUUAGCUUUUGUUUCUUCUCUACAAUUGAAAAAAAGAGGUUUAAAUACUAUUUUAUGCCUGAUUACUAUGUUCACCCAAGGACUGAAAAUAUUAGUUGAUCAUAGUAACUAUUAUAUAACAUCUAGGUUUCUUAACCUACUGGUAUACGUUCUAACUUUAAACAAGUUAGACAUGCUUGAUCAAAAGUAGAAAGGGUGCAGUUAGAUGUCAAAUCUCAACUUCAACUUAUUUAUGGUACAAAUGUUAAACAUUCGAAACCUCUCCCUGUAUGUUGUCUAUAUUUUUACUUGUAUCGAGCUUGUACAUAUUUUUUAAGCUUUCAUUAGAUUAGAUUGAUAAUUUUAUAUACACUCGACCACACGUAUGUGUGUGGCAUUUGUGUGUUUAAAAUUAUUUUCGCACAUCUUGUAUAAAAUCUCUCUUCAAGACAUAGCGAUUCGCAUUGCUUGGUCAAUGGCCGUCCAUAAAGUAUUGUGCUCAUCGUUUUCAAUAAGGUGAUCCCAGUUAAAAAAUAUUUCUUGCUUGGAAUAGGUUCUACAUGGAUCAUUUCUGAUAGCAUACCCAGCUGUGUACAAUAAGGGUGAAUAUUUUUGACUGGUCUUUCAACUUAUCUUCAGUGGUUUUAUACGCAAUGUUACAAUCAACAAAUUAGUGCUAAGUUGAAUUUCAAUGUUGAAAAAAUAAAUUUUACCAGUGGGAAUACCCAUUCUUAUAUUGAUAAAAUCUUAUGAGGUAGUUGAAGUCGUGCAUUUCGCAAUUUUAUUUACCCUUAAUGUGAAAUUAUUUUUGUACCUUAUGCUGUACACAGUGUUUGGUAUUUAUUUAAUAUUCAGUUUAGGACUCUUUCCAUAUGAGGAAGUGCUUUUAGGGAAUUCUUACUGUAUUUACGUUGGGAGCUUUUUUUACUAAUGAGUUCCAUAGUCAUUAUCAUUUAAGCAUAUCAUUAAUUGUUCGGUACGUUCUUUUAGCAUCAAAUAGAUCUACUCAUAUCUGGAUAGGAGAAUAUUUACAGUAAUAAUUGAUCUAUUCAAUACAAUUUAGAAGUAUUCAGCACUUUCCCUUUACUGUUUAAAAGCGAACACUAUUCUGUAUUGUUUUUAAUAAAAAAAUAAAUAAAGAUCUUAAGUGUA